AUGGCGAAAAACAUGGAAAGGGAUAAUUUAAAAGGGCUAAUGGAGAUUCAUAUUAAGGUGGUUGGAAAAAUAAUGAAAUAUGAAUGGAAAGGGAUAAUGUACAUGGGGUGAUGG